AUGGUACUCACAGUAUCCGAUUAUCUGAUUGAGUCACAUCAUGAUACAGGAUACAUGGACGGAGGUGAUUCCUACGAUAUUGAAGACCAUGUUGCAUUCGUAAUCACUGUCCCUACAGCUCUGGUUAUAUUCCUGACCAUCUUCAUCCUGGUCUGCAUUGAGUCCGUCUUCAAGAAACUGCUGCAUAUUUUCUCUUUGGUAAUCUGGGCAUGCCUUGUUGCCAUGGGAUACCUCUUCAUGUUUUUUGGAGGAAUCAUCUGUCCCUGGGACCAGGUGUCCUUUUUCUUGUUCAUUAUCUUCGUGGUGUACACCAUGCUGCCCUUCUGUAUGCGGGAUGCUAUAAUUGCCAGCGUGCUGACCUCAUCCUCCCACACCAUUGUGCUGAGCAUUUGCCUGUCAACCACCGCAGUGAUAAAGGGGCACUUGAUUUUGGCAAACAUCAUAAUCUUCAUCUGUGGGAACCUAGCAGGUGCCUAUCACAAGCAUCUGAUGGAGCUGGCCCUGAAGCAGACCUAUCAGGACACCUGCAACUGCAUUAAAUCCCCCAUCAAACUAGAGUUCGAGAAACGACAACAGGAACGUCUGCUAUUGUCUUUGCUUCCUGCUCACAUUGCCAGAGUAAUGAAGGCUGAAAUCAUUCAGAGGCUACAGGGGCCAAACUCUGGCCAGAUGGAAAACACCAACAACUUUCACAAUUUGUAUGUGCAAAGGCACACAAAUGUCAGUAUUUUAUAUGCUGAUAUUGUGGGAUUUACACGCCUGGCCAGUGACUGCUCACCAGGAGAGUUGGUCCACAUGCUAAAUGAGCUCUUUGGCAAGUUUGAUCAAAUUGCUAAGGAAAAUGAAUGUAUGAGGAUUAAAAUUCUUGGAGACUGUUACUACUGUGUGUCAGGCCUACCAGAAUUUCUGCCAAAUCAUGCUAAAAACUGUGUGAAAAUGGGACUGGACAUGUGUGAAGCCAUAAAGAAGGUGAGAGAUGCUACAGGAGUUGAUAUAAAUAUGCGUGUAGGGGUGCAUUCUGGGAAUGUUCUCUGUGGAGUCAUUGGGCUGCAGAAGUGGCAGUAUGAUGUUUGGUCACAUGAUGUUACUUUAGCCAAUCACAUGGAAGCUGGUGGAGUUCCUGGGCGAGUUCACAUUACAUCUGUCACAUUGGAGCACUUGGAUGGAGCCUACAAAGUGGAAGAAGGGGACGGGCAAGUCAGAGAUCCCUAUCUAAACGAGCAUGGUGUUAUAACCUACCUUGUCAUCAAUCCCAAAGUUGAGAGACGGAGCCCCCAACAUCACUACAGGCCAAGACACGGAUUAGAUGGAGCCAAGAUGAGAGCAUCUGUGCGGAUGACUCGGUACCUGGAGUCCUGGGGAGCAGCCAAACCAUUCGCCCACUUACACCACCGAGACAGCAUGACAACAGAGAACGGCAAGAUCAACACCACUUGUUUACUGGCUAACGGUCUGUCUGUGAUAGCUCCCAGAACAAAAUCACAGAAAAAGAGGUUUGAGGAGGAGCUGAAUGAGCGAAUGAUUCGAACUAUUGAUGGAAUAAACUCCCAAAACUGCAUCCUGGGCUUGAUCUCCUGUUCUGUGUUCUUGAGGAUAAACUAUGAGUUGAAGAUGGUGAUCAUGCUGAUAGCAGUUGUGGGAUAUAAUAUCAUUAUCCUGCAUACUCACGCCUCAGUGUUGGAUGAAUACAGCAAGUUUCUGUAUAAAACAGAGGUAUUGGAAAGGCCUGGAGUUCUGAAGGACUUGAAGACAAUGGGUUCAGUCUCUCUGUUCAUAUUCUUCAUCACACUCCUUGUUCUGGCGAGGCAGAAUGAAUAUUACUGUAGGUUAGACUUCCUCUGGAAGAACAAGUUCAAAAAGGAGUGCGAGGAGAUUGAGACCAUGGAAAACCUGAACCGGGUGCUUCUGGAGAAUGUGCUCCCAGCUCAUGUGGCCGAGCACUUCCUGGCACGCAAUUGGAAAAACGAGGAUUUGUAUCACCAGUCAUAUGACUUUGUCUGUGUCAUGUUCGCCUCCAUCCCUGACUUUAAGGAGUUUUACACCGAAUCAGAUGUCAAUAAAGAAGGCUUGGAAUGCCUCAGACUGUUGAAUGAGAUCAUUGCAGAUUUUGAUGAACUGUUGUCUAAGCCCAAGUUCAGUGGAGUGGAAAAGAUCAAGACAAUUGGAAGCACUUACAUGGCAGCAACAGGACUGAAUGCAACAUCUGGACCAGAAUACCUUCAGGAACAUGACAGGCAGUACAUGCACAUUGGGACUAUGGUGGAGUUUGCCUUUGCAAUAGUGGCAAAACUUGAUGUCAUUAAUAAGCAUUCCUUCAACGAUUUCAAACUCAGAGUUGGGAUUAAUCAUGGUCCUGUGAUUGCUGGAGUAAUUGGGGCUCAGAAACCACAGUACGAUAUCUGGGGAAACACAGUCAAUGUAGCAAGCCGGAUGGAUAGCACAGGUGUGCUUGGCAAAAUACAGGUUACAGAGGAGACAAGUAAGAUCUUGCAAACAUUAGGAUACAUGUGCACAUGUCGGGGAAUAAUAAACGUGAAGGGAAAAGGAGAGCUGAAAACCUAUUAUGUCCAUACAGAGAUGACCCGAUCUCUUUCACAAGGGAAUGUGAUGCCUUGAAAAGACUAACAUGCACAAGCCUAACCAAUCCCUGUCAGAGACUGACUAGUUAAAACAUCAAAAAUCACAACAUCUGUAAAUAUUACAACCCUGUCCUUAGAUGCACGAAUGUUGGAUGCGUUUAGGAGUGAAACCUCAAAGGCAGUGGAACAUACUGAGGGAACUCAGCUUUGUACACAGACAACAGUUACUCACAGGACCAGUUUUGUACAAAAAGAAAAAGAAAAUGUAAAAAACUGAAACAAGUGUUUUAAUGCCAUUGUUUUGUAAAACUCAUUAAAAGUUUGUAUGUAUU